UGACGCCAUACUGACUCAGCACGUGAAAGUGAUUGAUUUAAAUACAAACCUCAAACUCUAGUUGGUAUUUAAGUCCCUAAAUAUCUUCGAGCUUCUAAUUAUUUCAUCCCCUUCAAUAUACUUCCGAACAAUCUCACCAUGCCCUCCUAUCCGGAUGCAGCAGUGCACCCUGAAGCGACUGGUGCAGCCAGAGCAUUGGUCGAGAAACACCGUGCGGAGAGGCCAUUGAAGUUGUACGCGGGGUGGUUUUGUCCUUUCGUCCAACGGGUCUGGCUCGCCCUGGAAGAAAAGCAGAUCCCCUACCAGUACCUCGAGGUCAAUCCCUACCAUAAGCCUCAAUCACUUCUCUCACUGAACCCACGCGGUUUGGUCCCAACCCUAUCCUGUCCGGUGAAGGACGGUAACACUCAGACAGCUAAGCCGCUUUAUGAAUCCACCGUUAUCCUCGAGUACCUUGAGGAGGCCUAUCCAGAUCACUCCCCACGGCUCCUCCCAGCGGAUCCGUAUGGUAGAGCCCGAGUUCGCAUCUGGAUCGACUAUGUCAACUCUCGGAUUGUCCCAGCUUACCAUCGAUUUCUCCAAUAUCAGCCACAGUCAGAAGAUGAGGACCCAAUUACUGGCUUGGAGGAAGUCAGACAGGAAUUCCUGGGCAGUCUGAAAGAGUGGACUAGAGAGAUGCAUACCGACGGGCCAUUUUUCUUAGGGGGGCAUAUUUCACUACCAGAUCUGGUACUUGCCCCAUUCGCCAUCCGACUGUGGGUUUAUGAUGAGUACAAGCCGGGUGGCCAUGGCAUCCCGGAGGAAGGAAAAGGAGGAAUGGACGAGCCUAUUUGGCAGCGGUGGAGGAAGUGGUUGAAAGCUGUUGAGAGCAGGAAAAGCGUGACGGAAACUAUGAGUGAAAAACAGCAUUAUCUCCCAAUUUACAAGCGCUAUGCAGACAAUGUGGCCCAGAGUGAAAUGGCAAAGGCUACUCGUGCAAGAAGAGGAGUGCCGUGAAUUUAUUCGUAUUACUAGUUAGAACCAGAGAAAUAUAUAGUACUAUCUCCAUAGUUAUAUCUGAGACUAAAGCCGCACAGUGAAAUACCUACGUUCACUAAUUAUGAGAUCAAGAGUAGCAUAAGUAACAGCCAAAAUAAGAAACAAAUCUCUAUGAAUA